AUGGAGCUGAUGAAGCAACUGGAAACUGGAGGAAUUCAAUCAGAUGAACACGGCGGAAAAGAGUUUCGAAGCACGAACGAAACCAUAAUGGAGGUGUACACGGCUCGUUUAAUGGAUCAAUUGGAGAAUUCAUGCUUGGCUGGGGCAUCACCUCUCGGACGCACAUCGAUGACACUAGAAUUCGACGGACAGUUGGCUGCGUUGAAGCUGGCUUUCGCGAAAGCUACUUUUCCGUUGGGCAGUGAGAAACCGAGAAUCUAUUCGUCAAAGAUGCCUAGCUGGUAUGGACAAACGGCUCCAAAUACAUCCUAUACCACUGACGAUCAAAUCACUGACGAACCACUGACGAUCAAAUCCAAGUGA